AAGGAAUAAGAGUGAGCGCGGAAGAAGAAGAGUUUCACUGCCUUGAAGAUCAGGAUUAAUAUAUGUCUCUAAGGGAUCCACCAUAUGCACCUCCUUCUGUCUCGGAGCUGCAGGAGUUCCUGAUGUCAGACAGAAAACCUACUGGACAUGUCAAUCAAGUCUGGCCAAACCUUUACAUAGGCAACGAGGCGGCGGCUCGUGACAAGGCCACACUCCACUGUCUGGGCAUUACUCACAUUGUAAAUGCUGCUCAUGGACCCCCCAUCCCUGGCCCCGGGCCUUGUUUCCACGUCAACACCGGCCCGCUCUUCUACAGAGACAUGACGGUGGAUUAUUAUGGGGUGGAGGCAGAUGACGCUGUACAGUUUAUCCUGAGUCCUUUCUUCUACCCAACAGCACGAUACAUCCGAGCUGCGAUGGCCAUGGGAGGACGUGUGUUUGUCCACUGUCUGAUGGGUGUGAGCCGCUCUGCGACCUUGGUCCUGGCCUUCCUCAUGAUCGUCGAGGGCCUGAGCCUGCAGGAGGCAGUGGCUGCCGUCAGACCUCACAGAGACAUCUGCCCCAACCCAGGCUUUCUGCAGCAGCUCCGCAGCCUUGACAUGAGCCUGGAGAGGGAGAGGAGGAGACAACGACUGGCCCAAACACUGUAAACACACCCAGAGACGCACUCAAAUCCAUAGA